CACGGAACUAUCAGGCUAGCUCACCACCAACCACCACCACCACUGCUCCCCCCGACAACAUGCUGUCCUCAAGGGUUAUCGCCAUUGCUAGAGGGCGUGGCCUCACACAGGCCUCGUCGGCGAGCCUAUUGAGGGCUUUGACUAUUGCCAACGUCAAUGCGAAAAGAGCCCAGUUCCACUCGUCAAAUUUAUUGAAAGCGGAAACCAUCAAGGUUCCCCAGAUGGCUGAAUCCAUUAGUGAGGGAACACUCAAGUCAUGGUCAAAACAAGUUGGCGACACCGUUACCGCCGAUGAAGAAGUAGCGACCAUCGAAACCGACAAGAUUGAUGUGUCCGUUAACGCUCCUCAAUCCGGCACAAUUGUAAAGUUGCUUGCAAACGAAGAGGACACCGUUACUGUGGGACAGGACUUGUUCGUACUUGAACCUGGAGAGGUCGCAGCAUCCUCUCCUCCACCAGCCAAAGAGGAGGCCGUUCCCGCUGCUGAAGCUCCUAAAGAAUCCGCCGAGCCCGCUGUCCCUCAACCACCAUCACCCUCAGAAAGCGCCAAGACACCAGAGACGAAGGAGCCUGUGAAGGCUAAGGAGGAGAAGCCGGUCAAGAAGGAAGAGAAGAAGAAGGAAGACAAGUCAAAACCGGCUGCUGCACCCCGCGUAGCUGGUAGUCGUAACGAGACAAGGGUGAAAAUGAACCGAAUGCGCCUGCGCAUCGCCGAGCGUCUCAAGGAGUCACAAAACGCCGCAGCCUCUUUGACGACCUUCAACGAGAUCGACAUGUCCUCCCUCGUCGAGAUGCGCAAGAAAUUCAAAGAGCAAGUCAUGAAAGACCACGAAGUCAAGCUCGGUUUCAUGUCCGCCUUUGCCAAAGCUUGUACCUUUGCGCUGCAAGAAAUCCCCGCGGCCAACGCUAGCAUCGAGGGGGAGCAGAUUGUAUACAGGGACUACGUCGACUUGAGCGUGGCUGUGGCUACUCCGAAGGGCUUGGUCACCCCCGUUGUGAGAAACGCGGAGGGGAUGAGUUUUGUAGAGAUUGAGAAGGAGAUUGCUGCCCUUGGGAAGAAGGCGAAGGAUGGGAAGUUGACGCUUGAGGAUAUGGCCGGUGGAACCUUUACGAUCUCCAAUGGUGGUGUAUUUGGCUCGUUGUACGGUACUCCCAUCAUCAACUUGCCUCAGAGUGCCGUUCUCGGUAUGCACGCAAUUAAGGACAAGGCCGUUGUCGUUGACGGUCAAAUUGUCAUCCGCCCCAUCAUGAUCGUCGCACUCACGUACGACCAUCGUCUGCUAGACGGUCGGGAGGCCGUUACUUUCCUUGUGCGAGUUAAAGAGUACCUCGAAGACCCACGGAAAAUGUUGCUUGUAUAAGUACAGGCAUUUCAUUUGAAUAAUGCGUUAGUUUUGUCAACUUUAUAAUGUUACUAGUUUGCAAACCAUCGUAGCAGUCAUGACAAGCGAAAUUGACUAGCUUGCCAUUGCCCUCAACUUU